UGUUGUAUUUUAAUAUCUAUAUAAAUAUAUAGGUAAAUACUUACAUUGAGAAAGAUGAGAUUAUGGCGCACUCUGGUAGAAUUUUCACAGAGUAGAAUUGCUUUAUUAAAAAAUUUCAAAUGAUUGAAAUGAACAAGUGAAAGAAUAUAUGUUAUUUUGAAAAUUUUAUAAGACUGUAAAUCGUUAAAUUAUUAUUUAUACAAUAUUUUUUUGCAUACUUCAGAGUACAAUAAAAAAUAAUAAAAAAUAAUAAUGAUUAAUUUCUAAUAUUCUAUUGAAAAGUAAAUACUGUUAUAUUAAAAUAAUCAUCAUCAUCACUUAAUUUACUUGAUAUAAAAAUGAAUUAAUUAAAAAUUAAUUCGAAUAAAUUAAAAAUAAAAAUAAUAAUGUCUGGGAGAAAAAAAACCAACCAGAAAAGUGGAAGACGAGGUCGAGCAUCACCAUCUCCAAUCCCACCGAUGCAACAAAAAAGAUUUAAGGCAAAAAAUUCAUCAUCUCAACCAUGGACAAAUAAUAGCAGUCAAUCUUCAACUUUUCAAUCUGCUGCUAGUACAGCAGCUGGAGUUGCUGUUGGUUCUAUUAUAGGCCAAGCAAUUGGAAGCACACUUGCUGGCAACAUUAAUCAUGUAUCUUCUGCUAAAGCAGAAUCUAAAAAUUCUGAAGAACCGUGUAUUCCUGAAAUACGAGAAUUCUUCGAAUGCGCUUCACGAAACGAAGAUCUAGAUACAUGCAAAGCUUAUCACGAUAUGUGGAUGAAAUGUCAAAAUGGAUACAAACAUAAAAAUUAAUCACUCAUAUGAAAUGACGGCUUUAUACUUGAAGUAAAGAGGCAGUUAAAUGUGCAAGAAAAGAAAUAUGGUAGACUAUCUUUUUUCUGUAUUUAAGACACGCAUCACCACAAAACCUGCAACGGUAGCAACUGCAAUUCCAAGACCAGCUUUCCACCAGACAAUUGAAUCUCCUUGUAGUAAUCCAAAUUGAUUUAUGUGUCUGAAAAAUUAAAAAUUAUUUAUUAUAACAAUCAUUUAUAAAAUUUUAUAAAUUCUCCAUAUAAUUUGUCCAAUAUUUUUAUGUAUGUGCAUAUACAUAUAUAUGUAUUAUUUCACAAUAUAAACGUAAUAUACUAUUCUAUAAUAAAAUUGUUGACUUUGAUAA